GUAUCCCCUCAAAUACCAAUACUUUGCUACCAGCUCGAGAACUCCCGCCUUGAACUAAACUUUGUUCCGCCGUGCAGACUGGUCCGUCCUACUUUGCGAUUAGGGCAAAGUUUUGAAUAUCAAUGGUUUAAAAAUACAAUAAAGCGAGAGCUAGAACUCCAGGCAGAAAUGGUCAAGGUCCUGUCGCCUCGCGCCCUGGAGGGCUUGAAGAACUAUGUAUACAAGCCAGGCGGCUACACAUGGCUGGACCACGCGCAUACUCCCUUUUGGAACUGGUUGACUGCCCAGCUGCCGAUGUGGCUGGCGCCGAACCUCAUCACGCUAGUGGGCCUCAUAGUGACGUUCAUCGCGUAUGGCACUAUGUGGUACUAUCUCCCGGAGUACACAGGUGAGGGCCCGCGCUGGCCCUACUUCUUCGCGGGCGUGUCCAUUCUGGUUUACACCAACCUGGACUGCAUCGACGGCAAGCAGGCGCGGCGCACCGGCACCAGCAGUCCCCUGGGGCAGCUGUUCGACCACGGCUGCGACGCCGUCGCGCUGCACGUGAUGCUGUCGCUGGUGCAGGCCUCGCUGGCGGAGCCGCCGUCCGUGUUCGCCAGCGUGGCGGCCAUGUCGGUGUAUCUGCCCUGGUGGGUGAGCCACUGGGAGGAGUACCACACGGGCGUGCUCAUGUACGGCGACGGCAACUUCGGCAUCCUGGAGGCCAACUACGUACUGGCGCUGGUCACCUUCAUCACCGGCACCUUCGGGCCGGCCAUGUGGGACACGCCCAUGCGCUCCAUCGUGCCCGUGUUUCCGUGGGACACAUCUGUGAAGCACGCGUUCAUCGUGUUCGCCAUGUGCAUCGCGCUCAUCCAGAACUACGGCCAGCUGUACCGCGUGUUCUCACGGCACUGGACCAUGCUGCCUGAGGCGGAGCGCGGUCACAAGGAGCUGGGCAACGCCUCCCGGCUGACGCACCUGGCCUCGGGCGCGGCGCUCAUCUUCCUGGGGGCCGUGUACCUGGCCGACAACAAGCUGCAGCCGGGGCAGGCCAGGCUGGCGGGGCUGCUGUACGGGCUGGUGUACGCCAUCGUGGCCACGCAGCUCAUCAUGGACCACAUGUGCAAGGAGCCCUUCAGGUCGCCGCUGCUGCCGCUGGCGGUGCUGACGGUGGCCGCCGCCAACAGCGUGCUGCAGCUGGUGGACGCGCGGGCCACGGCGGCCACGCUGGCGGGCGCCAUGAUUGUGUACUACCUGGUGUACGUCACGACCAUUGUGGACCAGGUGUGUGCCUACCUGGGGAUAAAGUGCCUCACCAUCACGCCCAAGCGCGCGUGAGAGCGUGCAGGAGCGAGGGUGUGUGGGUGCUGCUCUAGGGGUUGGUGGGGUGGGGGCGUGGGAGGCCUGUUGGUGGUGCGGUGAUGGGGGGCUGGGGUGGACGUGUGCGAGGAUGCGGUAUGCCCGGGCGUGUUAUCGAAAACAAGGUGUGUUGUCGAAUGCGGGCGUGCAAGAUCUUUCGGAUGAGAGCUCGUUUUAUCUUCCAGGUGGGGCACUAGAGGUGACUAGCAGGACGUGCGAAUCAAAGCGAGAGCGCUGAAAUGGCAUGUGGCUCUCGUCUACCGUAGCAACAGUGAUGGUGGCCCCAUGAAGGUGGCUAUACAUAAAGGGUAUGCGCAGGCCGUCAGCCCCUGUCGCGCAGAGAAACGAGUGCAGAAAUGGAAGAUCUCUAAGAGCACGUAGAGGCUCGGACCUUGUGGACUAAGGGAAUACUGGUUGUGUUGCCAUGGACCAUGUGCCAGAACGCAGUAAAGGGCAAACGGUAGACGGCUCAAGUGGUGGGUUCAUGUGCGAACCUGUGAUAACGUGGCGAUGGUUGUGUUGGGUUGUGACAUAUUGAAGGCGCCGUGCCGCGGAACUUUGACGGGGAAGGUGCUACGACACGGUUUGGGCAUCGGCCAACUUCUCAUCAUUGAGGUCCAAGCCCCACUGCCGUGUUGGCUUGCCCCUUCCCCCGAAGGGGGAGGGGCAAUAGCCAUUGCGGUCGCAUCGAGCUCGCCGCGGGGGGCCCUCCCGGUUAUUCCAGUUUUGACUUGAGUUAUAACCUUGAAACCCGAGCGCAGCGAAAUUUGUCGUGCAAAUAAUGCGCCUUUCUAUGUAUGUAUUGCAAAGCGUAACAUUAUGAAAACGCAAGCCCUAUGCCUUAGCGGGGUAAACGCACAAGCGCAGCGUUUGCAUUAGAGCUCCAGCGCAACAUACAAUAUAUCACAAAUUGUAUCGAUAAUCAAGGCUCACGGCACGGAAGGACGCAAGACGGAGGAAUCGGCGCGUUGGAGGAUCCCGGAAAUUGCGCGCGAAAGCGCGAGGCGCAAAAGGUUGGCGCUAUCUGUUUUAGUUUCC